CGGAACACUACGUAUGAGGCUGAAAGUGAACAAAACUCGUACCUUGGAUUGAACCGCGGCUUCUACGAGGUUCUUGCCAUCGUCGACCAUCGCGCUUGCCAUUCAACAUCUCAGUUCACUUUCCAUCUCGUACCUUUCCCCUCACACCUCGCAACUUCCUCCUGCACACCUUCUUCUUUGCACAUCGUACCUGCCACAACUCAGCCUUGCUUCUUGGCCCUCGCCUUUUCACAACUUGAUUCAUUCCUCUCAAUCAAGUCAUGGCUCCAUCAAACUCUCGAUCAAGCUUCCCUCCAAUCCGGGCAUGCAUCUUUGACAUGGAUGGCCUGUUGAUCGACAGCGAAGAUGCCUACACUCGUGUCACCAAUACCAUCCUCCGCGAGAACAAUCGUCCUGAUCUACCCUGGCAUAUCAAAGCUCAGCUGCAAGGCCGUCCUGGUCUCGCAGCAGGCAAAAUCUUCCACGAAUGGGCGCAAUUACCUAUUUCUCGCGACGAAUUCCACAAGAGACAGCUAGAGCUACAAGCUGAACACUUUCAAAAUUGCCAACCCCUCCCAGGUGUUGAAAGCUUGCUGAGACGAUUGUCUGGUGCCACCACUCGAGAAUCGCAAGACCUGAGAAGUCCCACAAGAGGGAAAAAAAUCAGACUCGCCCUUGCCACAAGCAGUCAUUCCAAAAAUUAUGAAAUCAAAACCCAGAAGCUCGGUCACUUGUUCAAUACAUUCCCCGACCGACAUAAGAUUGUAGGUGACGAUGCUCGCAUCCCAGCUGGAAGAGGAAAACCCCUACCGGAUAUUUAUUUGCUGGCAUUGCAAACAAUCAACGAGUCUUUGGAGGUGGCGCAAGAGGGUGAGCGACCCAUUGAGCCACACGAGUGUUUGGUAUUCGAGGACAGCGUUCCGGGAGUCGAAGCCGGUCGAAGAGCAGGAAUGCGAGUGGUUUGGGUGCCGCACCCUGGUCUUCUGGACAUCUAUCAAGGGCGAGAAGAGGAGGUAUUGGCCGGUCGGACGGGAGAACACAAAGAAGAUGACUUGGAUCACGCCGAGGGUAUCCCACUUGCAGGCAGUCCGGGCCAUGUUGGAGAGAUCGGUGAUGGGUGGGGAGAACUAUUGGCGACGCUGGAACACUUCGAAUUCUCCAAGUAUGGCAUCUCCCUCUCGGACAGCAAGCAUAGCAGCGAGAGUGGACAAGCCGCUAUGGAUGGAACGACCGACAAGGAACUGGAAGAAAUGACGGCCAUGGCCGAUGGCAAAGCACAUGCAGCCGAAGAACCCAAAGCCUUGUCUGACUCUGGUCCGAGACGGAGAUGAAAGUCCGAGUUGUUUAGAGACCGAAACAUGUACAGCAAACAAACCUCAGUGUAUAUUCGACCGCCUAUGACCAGCGAAAAAGAACAAAGAUGCAUAUCGUCAUUGGGUUAGGAUCAUGUCACAAUUGUACAUAUAUAGGAUGAAAAUCUGCUGGAAGAAAUCGACAGCCAUGACAAAAUUUA